AUGUUCGGACACACGGGUCCUUUGGUGGUUUUCAUAGUGCUAUUUGCCGUUAGCGUGGGAGAUGUUGGAGGAUACAGCCUCCAAUCAGCAGCUGUCGGUAUGCAGAAGGAGAUAGGAGGGGAGAACAAAGGGUUUCAGAUGAUGCAGAAGAUGGGGUGGAGCUCCGGAGCAUUGGGGAGGAACAACGAAGGGAUCGUGAAGCCGAUCGACCCUCUGGAGAUGUCGGUGCUCUCUCCUCGGAGGUCUGGUCUUGGUAGCUACAGCGCAAAGAAACAUCAUUCACCGCGCAAGGGAUCCAAGCGAGAAGCCGAUGACAAGGUUCAGAAGAUCUUCAAGAGGCAUGGGAUUAAGGAUUCAACGAGUGAGUGGAGGUCGAAGAAGGGGAAGGAGAGGAAGAAGUCAGAGACGCGCUCGCUGCUGGCAACGACUCUCCGUCACCUAAACUUGCUCCCUGAUGCAGUACUGGAGAGUCUGAUCGAUGAACUCGAGAGGCGGGUAAAUAACCUGAAGCUUCCUUACUUCAUGCUUGAGCUGCUGUGGAAUUUCUUCUUGAAUGAGAAACAGGGCCACGUUGUGCUGCCAGCCACGUUGACUUCUUUCCAGCGCAAGCAGGUCCACAUUCUUGCAUACGAUUGCGGUUUACUCCAUAGAAGCAAAGGGACAGGAAAGAGCAGAAGAAUGAUCUUGAGAAAAUCGCAUACGGCACAUAAAUCUGUAAGUUCGUCUAGCAGCAAGUCGGAAGCAGAAUAUGAAGAAUCUCUGUCGGAUAGUGUGCUCGGGCUCCGAAAUUUCCUGGAUGAAGACGAAAACUUGAGAGAGCCAAUAGAAGACUCAAGAAGUUUGGAGGAGGAGGAGGAGGAGGAGGAGGAGGAGGAGGAAGAGGAGGAGAGGAGAGUGAAAAAGGAACACAAGGAAAAGAAGGAACACGAAAAGUUCAACCAUCUGCGUCCUGAUGGUGAGGAUUGA